AUGUCAAAAGCAAAAGGACGUAAAGCAGAGAAGGUAGAAGAGCCUGAACAAGCUAUGUUAGGUCCAAACCUUACCGGGGAAAAGAUUUUCGCAGUAUGCCAUCUCUUAGCGACCUUCAAUGACACAUUUAUUCAUGUUACAGAUCUCUCUGGUAGAGAAACUUUAGCCAGAGUAACAGGAGGAAUGAUGGUUAAAGCUGACAGAGAAGAAAGUUCACCAUAUGCUGCAAUGCUUGCUGCUGUAGAAGUUUGCAAUCGCCUUAAAAAAUUAGGCAUAAACUCACUUCAUAUUAAAAUCAGAGCUAGAGGUGGAACUGAAAGCAAAACACCAGGACCUGGAGCUCAAGCUGCUUUAAGAGCUUUAGCUAGAAAUGGAAUGCUUAUUGGCAGAAUCGAAGAUGUUACACCUAUUCCUACAGAUAGCACAAGAAGAGCUGGAGGUAGAAGAGGAAGAAGAUUAUAA